AUGGAUAAUGCUUUUGGAGACAAAAUCCGUGAACCCAGGUAUGCAACAGGAGACCAACUUACAGAACCAGUGUAUCUUUCCCCAAGACAAGAAUGGGAAUUUGGCCAAGACUUUAACAGAUUGGGAAACACAAAAAGAGAUAUUACCUUGCAAGAAUUGCCACCAGAUUAUGAAAUGAAAUAUUCACAAGACGUGCCCUCACUUCUUCAUCUAUUAAUGAGUAUUUAUCCAUUUGAUGAGACAAACAAUGAUAUCAAUGACUUUAACGAACUUUAUGGUAUUACUGGUGUCUGCCCAGUGCUUGCAAGUAGUGAUUCUUUAGCAUUUUGGCUAGAAGACUCUAAUGGUGUUAUCUAUAUAUGGUCUCACAUGAAAAGUAGAAUGAUAUAUGGGAGACGCGAUAUAAGGGAAGCUUUGGUAAACUAUCUCUUCCAUCAUGAAGAUCUUUGCCAUGUUGAGGAGUAUACUCAUAAUUUGGUACCAGUGAAGGAAUUUGAUUGUGAAAUUAAUGAACAG